AUGUCACAGGUUUCGUGGCAAGAAAAAGAAGCAGCUUGGACGAAGAGACCGUCAAGCUCAAAGAAUCGUAGAUUUCACUCGUUUGAUCAUGAAAACGGUGGCCAAGAUAAUGGAGCUAAUGGUUCUUCUCAUGAUAAUGGGUCAAGUAGCGACACAACCAGUUUUCGCUCCUCCCAGCAUCUGACCACUCCCAUUCCUCCUAACAUUGGAAGUAAGCAAUACAGCAUGGAAGAAGUGUUUGCAGUUUGGUUCGAAAACGAGGCAAAGAUCUUGACAAUGAAACCACCUCUGUUAAGUGUUGAAAAAGAAAAAUACAAAUAUCCUGAACUUCAGCAGAUCUAUCAUUUGGAUGUUCAUUCACAUGCAUCCAAGAGUCCUGAAUCGUCAGGUUUAGUAGAUUCAUUUCGAAAUCUUUUGAACUCAGCAGCUGAUCAAACGGUUGAAAAUCAGGCAAAGCAUGACGUUUUGAUAGAUUCCAUUGCACUGAAGAAUCAAAUAGAACCUAUGACAAAUGAGUGGUGCUAUAUUGAUCCUAGUGGGAAUGAGCAGGGACCAUUCAGUGGCGAGAUGAUGCAACAAUGGUUCGCUGAUGGCUAUUUGACACCUCAGUUGCAAAUAAGAAGGAAAGAAGAUCAGAGCUAUCAAACUUUGCAAGAUAUUUGCGAGGCUGCUCAAAAUUUCAUUAGUCCUUUCGUGAUACCACUUUCAAACUCGGGGAACCAAAAUUCUACGAGCGUUCCCCAAACGAAUCAAAAUCUCUCGUCUUUUACUGAUCCAUCCGUAUCGCAUCCCCAGUUUAGCCAGUUAUUUUCAAAUGGGCAAGGACCUCUUACAGCAACAAGCGUAAGAAUGAAUCCGUCUGUUGGUGCACAAUCUAACUUGUUUGGUGGAGAAUUCAUCAAUAACGAUCCUUUUGCUCCCCUGUUAACAAAUCAAAAGUCCACAUUUGGAAUUGAACCCAUCAACACAAAUAUUGGGUUGAAUAAUGUUCAUUCGAUACCUUCAUUUUUGCAGCAACAGAUCCAGCAAACGGCACCGUCUUUAUCUCGUACCAACAGUAACUGGGCCUUGGAUUCGUCAAAUGGUCUUUUGGGAAGUGCUCCAGGAACUCCAGUAGCAAUUGCCCCUGCUGUAGCAUCUAUGAUACCUCAAAAUCCACCCAUAUCUCCUUGGUCAUCUCAUUCAAGGGGCCCCUCGCCAUUUGUUCCAUCCUCGAAUUUACAAGCAAGUAGCAUGAUCGACAAUGACAAGCCAGCGAAAGUGGAUCUGGAUAUUGGUGAACUUCCAUCAGUAGUUUCGGAUAUCUUGAACGAUGGAGAGGAAGAGAACUUUACAGAUACAGUUGCUCCGACAUUGUUGGCACCUGAGGCGAAGAAUGAGAGUCAGAUUACUCCCCCUGCUCAAAAUGAAACACAGGACACAACUCAGCCGUAUGAUCGUGUUUUGAAUGAUGAGAAGAACGUAGAAAUUGAAAAGGCAAAGGGAAAACAAUCAAAGAAACCCUUAAUUGCCGAUUCUGCACCUGUUCGUCUGAGCCCACUGCUAGCACCUUGGGCUAAUUCUAUGGCUUGCGAUAAUCAGGUUGAUGAAAAGGGGCCCAAGUUAUCUUUGAAAGAAAUUCAAAGAAUGGAAGCUGAGAAAUUAGAAAAACUCAAGAAGUUGCAAACUGAAAAGAAAACGGAGCUUCACCAGUCGUGGACGGAAGAUGAUACGGAAAAUAUAGUGUUUCCGAAAACGGCGAGCUGGGCUUCCAAUAACAAUGGAUCAUUAACAGGAUCUAAGAAGACCUUAGCUGAUAUACAAAAGGAAGAAUCUGAGGCAGCUGCAAAAGCAAAAGCUAGCAAACCAAAUUCUGCUUCCUUCGCAACUGCAGUUGCAAAUUCUACGCCUAAGGUUGAUUCUGCUUGGACAACCGUUACUUCGAAGAAAGUUACAAGCACGAAAAAACCCGUGCAAACAAUUACCAAUACUUCUUCUUGGGCUUCGAAAGCUAAUCCUCAAGUGUUGCGUUCAGUUUCAGCAAGCGAGCCUGUGAAUUCCUCGAACAAUGCUGUUGCAGUCAAGGAGGAAUUCCUCAUUUGGGCCAGAAAUGCUAUGAUGAAUUUAUAUCCAACAGUUUCUAAAGAUGAUUUACUUGAAAUUUUCGUCACUUUACCGUCCAGUGGACCAGAGUCUUCCCAAUUAAUCGCAGAAACCAUUUACAGUUCCUCUGCAACAAUGGAUGGAAGAAGAUUUGCUCAAGAAUUCAUUAAGAGACGUCAAAGAGUCGAGCAGCAAUCAGGAGGUAGCGAUGACACUAGCUGGCGCUCAGCAAUUACAUCCUCUGCAGGUAAAUUCCAAACCGUUGAUGAAGAUGGAUGGAGUACCAGUGUGAAACCGAAGAAGAAGAACAGAAAUUGA